AUGCAACGCCUCUACCUGAAGAUUUGUGUGCUGGCCGCAAUAUGUUCAACAGUGUGGAAUAAUAUCAAUGACUGCGACGAGACAUUUAAUUAUUUAGAACCGCUUGGCUUUAUUAUUUCCAAGGAAAAUAACACAGGCUUUCAAACUUGGGAAUAUUCUCCUGAAUAUGGCCUCCGUUCCUACCUCUAUUUGUGGUUUAUCGGAUGGCCGGCUUAUGUGCUGGAAUAUUUUGGAGUUCCUGGGUGGCUUCAAUUUCUUCUAAUACGAUUGUAUUUAUCGCUUCUAUCUGCCUCUACAGCAGCUGGAUUAGCUGGCUCUAGUUCGUUUUAUCUCUACCCUGAUAAUGUCUUCAAAGAGCGCACAUUUGGAAUUCUCUUUUGUAUUUUCCAUUCCGCAGCUGCUGGAAACUUUAUUUCUGCUUCUUCUAUUGUUCCAAGUGCUAUUGCAGCACCUCUUACUUCUUUAAUGUUGAGCACUUGGCUUAAUAAUCAGUACUUCCUUAGUAUUGGAACUGUUGCAUUCAGUGCUAUUAUAUUGUGGCCAUUUUCAGCCUGUCUUGGUGUUCCUUUGGCUAUUUACAUGUUGUUUUCUGGGGCGGUUGUGAAACUGUUGGCAUAUUCUUCAUUCUGGGCGGUCGCCCUUCUUACUCCAAUGCUAGUUGUGGACAGCUACUAUUAUGGGAAACUUAUCUGCCCAACUUGGAACAUAAUUUCAUAUAAUGCACUUAGCGCACUUAAAGACAAAAGUCUCUCUCAGCUAUACGGAACUGAGUCUGCCGUUUACUAUGUUAAUAACUAUAUCCUAAAUUACAAUAUUUUGAUUGUUUUCGUUGCAAUCUUCACACUUCCUGUAUUUCUCUACAUUGCGUAUAAGGCCUCAAGAAAGGGAGCUCAGAGAAAUCACCAAAAAAUCUUCAAACUAAUAUCAAUUGCAAUUAGUCCAUAUCUCAUUUGGAAUGCUGUCUUUUUUGCUCAAUCUCAUAAAGAGGAACGUUUUCUAUUUCCCUGCUUUCCAUGUUUAGAAUUACUAGCUGUUCUUAUUAUUACCUCACUUUUCUUUAAUUUAAACUCGAAAUCGACCAUUCUCUUACCAUUUUCUGUAGUUUUUAUAAUUUCUCUUCUUGUCUUUUUCGUGGGACUUAGCUUCUUGCGAAUUCUUGCUCUUGCUAGUGGCUACAGUGCCCCGAUGUUCCUUGUUCAACACCUUCCUGAGCCAACGACCCCGAAAACACUGUGCAUUGGUCGUGAUUGGCAUCUUUUCCCGAGUCAUUUCCUUUUGCCCCAAGAGAAUAACCUUUGGCGAGUGCAUUUUCUUCGCUCCAACUUCUCUGGACAAUUGCCGGGAAAAUUUGAUGAGAAUGUUGGCGUAAUUAAUGCGACACGAGUUCCAAGUAGUCAUUUUAAUGACAUGAAUUUGCCCGAGCAGGGAACUUUCUUUGACAUAUCGCUUUGCGAUUAUAUCCUGGAUCGUGUAUCGAAACCUGGUGAGAAUGAGGUUCAAUAUUCAGAUGAUUUUCAGACUUGGCGUAUACUGCUAACUAGGCCUAUCCUUGAACGCGCUGAAUCAAUUGGAGGUUCAACAAAUACUCUAAUGCAAAAAGUGCUGUCUAAAUUCCAACGAGCUUUCUUCUUGCCACACCUCUUCAAAACUAAGAAUGUCUGGAAGGAGAUGCAUAUUUUGGAAAGGAUAAAAUCGAUUUGA